AGAAGCAACACAAUGAUGGGCCCUAAGACUUCACUGUAGAAGAUUUCCAGGAGAAAUGAGGUCAUAAGAUAUGGCCACCAUUUAAGGCCCAGGGCACUCAUCAAACCACUCUCCAGUCUUUCCCACAUCAUCACGACUCUGUCUCUGAAUGCAGAUUUCAAGGAAAGGCCAAAACCUUGGCUCACACCCAACUCAACAUCACUGUGUUGAGCCCCACGCAUCAGCUGUGUGCACCUGAACCCCACUUCCAAAUCCAGACUGAGGCAAAGGUCUCCUUGGGCCUGGCCACCUGCUUUGUUUACUCAGCCACAGUACCUGGCCUGGGCCCAUCCCAGUCCGAGGUGACUCAGCUGAACAAAGGGCGGGCACCACCCUUCCCAGAGAAGGAACCAGCUGGGACAAGAGUCACCACCAAGGGGAGGCAAACAGACUCUGAGCAGAGGCUAAAGAGGACAUACAGCAGUAGCUGCCUACAGGGGUUCCAAGGACCAGCCAUGUCUGCUCUGUACCCAUCUCUGGAGGACCUGAAGGUAGACCAAGUCAUCCAAGCCCAGGCCAGAGCCUUGCCCAAGAUGCCCACCUUGCCUAUCCAGGAGGAAGCUGUCUCCCCACCUUCAGUUCUGUACCCAAACCUGGCAGAACUGGAGAGCUACAUGGGUCUUUCCCUCUCCAGCCAACAAGUCCAGCAGAGCCUGUUUCAGCUUCCACAGAGUGACAAUACGGCGGUCUCUGGUUCCUGGCCUGGCCAGCUGGUGGCACCAGUGUCCGGGAACAACCUGGGCGUGCAGCGUGCGGAGAUCAAGCCUGGAGUGCGGGAGAUCCACCUGUGCAAAGACGAGCGUGGCAAGACAGGGCUGCGGCUGCAGGCCAUAGACAAGGGGGUUUUUGUGCAGCUGGUCCAGGCCAACACCCCUGCAUCCCUGGUGGGGCUGCGCUUUGGGGACCAGAUCCUGCAGGUUGAUGGGUGUGACUGUGCUGGCUGGAGCACAGACAAAGCCCACCGCGUGCUGAAGAAGGCUGCAGUGGAGAAGAUUGUCAUGGUCGUUCGGGACAGGCCAUUCCAGCGGACUGUCACAAUGCACAAGGACAGCUUGGGCCAUGUCGGCUUCUUCAUCAAGAAGGGGAAGGUUGUGUCUGUGGUCAAAGGGAGCUCUGCAGCCCGCAAUGGGCUCCUCACCAGCCACUGCAUAUGCGAGGUGAAUGGGCAGAAUGUCAUUGGACUGAAGGACAAAGCAAUCAUGGAGAUUUUGGCAACAGCUGGAAACGUCAUCACCCUGACCAUCAUGCCUGCUGUGAUCUUUGAGCACAUGGUGAAAAAGUUGUCCCCGACGCUGCUCCACCACACCAUGGACCACUCCAUCCCAGAUGCCUGAAGCCACAGCAGCGCAGCACAGGCCUCCUGCCUCCUUGGCCUCAGAUGACAGGUUGCAGCUGGCCUGCUGCUUGGGUUGUUGGGUGUCUUGUGGCUGUUCCAGGUGGGUGGACGUGGGCUGGCAGGAGUCUGUCCUUUGAGCCCACAGGCCUCCUUGGAGCCUCAGACCCUGUGCUGGGCUAUGGCUCAGACAGGGCCCACAGGCUGCCAAUUGAAAUGCCAGGCAUGUAGGUAGGCCAGCCAAAUGCUGCUUGAACUUCGGCUGGAACAACUAAUCCUUUCAAGAUUAGGCCUGCACCAGGAAAACAGUUAUACAUUUUGAGAGUAUAGAACGCCACUCUUUGCAAUAAUGUUUCUUUGCCUUUACUUGCUCCCUGUCACUAUAUAAUUCAUAAAAGUAUGAUAUCUUACUGUCUUUUGAAUACAGUUUUGAUUUUAAACACAAUCCCUUCCUGAAGGUUAACUGGAAAUUCCAGAAUCCUUGGUGCAUGAUAUUCCACAGCUGUUUUCCUUUCAAACAGUGGGGAGACCAGAACCCUUUCUACGUGUCGCCUCAGAGCAGUGAUUUGACAGCCUCC